AAAAAACUACCGCGGCGGAUGUUGCUUGUUCAUCAUACAUUUUCAAAGAUGGCUCUUGCUAGUGUGUUGAGCGGUGAUUCUGCGGAUUUUUCGUUUGAUAGUAGCCAGUCCUUUGCUUUUGGUGGUGGACCCGGACCUAGUGGUCUGGGGUUAGAAGGCACGCCCGGGGACAGCCUCAGUUUUUCCGUUAAAAACCCGCUGUGUGUCGGAGACGAUGAUGGCGUCGAAAGGAAAAUAGAGUUUCUGCAUGGAACCACCACCUUAGCAUUCAAAUUCCAGCAUGGAGUUAUCGUUGCAGUGGACUCUCGAGCCACAGCGGGCUCCUACAUCGCGUCACAGACGGUCAAGAAGGUGAUUGAGAUCAACCCCUACCUACUGGGUACUAUGGCUGGAGGAGCUGCAGACUGUAGCUUCUGGGAGCGCCUGCUGGCCCGCCAGUGUCGCAUCUACGAGCUUCGCAACAAGGAGCGCAUCUCAGUGGCAGCCGCUUCCAAGUUGCUUGCUAACAUGGUGUACCAGUACAAAGGCAUGGGACUUAGUAUGGGAACCAUGGUCUGUGGCUGGGACAAGAGAGGACCAGGAUUGUACUACGUCGACUCAGAGGGGAACCGGGUGUGCGGCGACUUGUUUGCGGUGGGGUCAGGCUCCAUGUAUGCCUAUGGUGUGAUGGACAGCGGCGUGAGACACGACCUAACGGUGGAGGAGGCCUGCGAGCUUGGCCGUCGCGCCAUCUACCAGGCCACGUACCGCGACGCCUACAGCGGAGGGCAGGUCAACCUGUACCACGUCCACAGCGAGGGCUGGACCAGGAUCUCCCAGGACGACGUGCUCGUGUUGCACCACCAGUACAAAGAUCAGGCGUAGUUAUAGAAAACAACAUAACAUAGGGCCAGGUUAGGGUUGGGAGAGAUGAGGGAAGGGGUAGGAACUUAUUCUAGUAUCCAAUGUUUAGCUGUUCUGAAAUGCCAGAAUGGGUUGACACAUAAUAAAAAGGACUCAUCUGCAGAUUGACUGCGACUCACAUUUCUUCUGUGACUUGUUGCUAGCUUCAAGCCUUUAUACUGUACAUUUUUAACAAUGCCAGUGAGCUCCACUCGCCCUCCACACAGUAUGAUUUGAGGGGUUGCAGAGACAGGCCCGAUGACUCAAACAUGCUUUAAUACAGUGUGGGAGUAGUGUGGUGCUUGCCCUACAUACAUUUCAUUUGGAUUGUACUGUUAGAAACUGCAUCUCCUUCUUCAAUAAAACCUGUGAUGUUCUCUCUUUUUU